CACCCAUGUUUUUGUUUUUGCAGAUAGUUAGUUCAGGCUAUUUCUUGUUUAUGACCAGAAUUUUAAAGUACGAGUUAGACAUAAGAUAUAUCUAAACGUUGUAAUAUUGAUACUGAUUACUGAAUGCUAAAUUUUGAAUCAUUGGAAUAGCAUCUGUUUAAUUUAUUUUUUCAUUAAUUAAAGGCACAUGCAUUUUUAUUUAUUACUGACGCAGGAAUGUACUGUUUAACUGUAAAUCAUUGUUAAUAUAGCACGUUUUACUUUUAGUUUUACGCAUAGGAACAAGCAACGUUCUAAAAAAGUAAAAUAAAAAAAAAAUGAAAUUUUAAAUUUCAGUGAUAAAGUACAUGAAAUAUACUAAACGCCGUAGGCAGCUCAAAAACUAAAAAUGACAACUAACAUUAGUUUGACCUCUGGAAUGAAACUGGCUAUGAUGGAAACUGAUACACUUUUUGAACACCACACUGUAAAGGAGAUUCAGGAUAUUGAGAAAAAAAUAAGAAAUGAUAUUGAAAGGAAGAAAGAAGAUCUGCGUCAGAUGGUGGGAGAAAGAUACCGAGAUCUGAUGGAAGCUGCUGAUAAAAUAACAGAAAUGAAAGUUAAUUCGGAGAAGGUAAAUAAACACAUUCUGGCCAUGGAGACAAUCUGCAAAAGAUUAGAACACUGGAAUAUCCAACCCAAACUGCAUACGAGUGAAAGUCCAAGGAAGUUGGAGACAGAAAUUCUGUAUGGCCUUGUUGCACAAGUUAAUCUUCUAGUCCAGGCACCAAUUAAGAUGUGGGAGAUGUUGGAAAACAAUGAGUAUCUUAAUGCAGUUCUGGUGUUUCUGUUAGCAAGACACACGCACACCUCCUUGGUUCUGAUGCCUAGCAACAAAGUUUCUGCUGCGACUGUCGUAAAACUGUUUCCUGUCAUUAGUCGGCAGUGGGCUGUGAUUAAACCUUUUCAAACAUCCAUACUUCAGGUCUGUCAAAAGGCACUGAUAUCACAAGAUAUUUCUGAAGAGGAUGUUUCUAAGGCUCUAGCCUGUAUUGUGUUGUUAAGUGACUCGACUCCUGAAGCUGUGUUUCGUGAGUACAUGGAAGCAAGGAAGGUUGCAGUUCAACAGAUGUUUAAACCAGAAAGACAAGGGACCACUACAAAAGUACUAGUGUGUGAGCUAGUGUUACUAGUCGUGAAGACUCUCCAUGCUGUUCACAGGGUUUGCUACGCUAGUGAAGAAACAACAAAAACCUUUGAAGGUGGAACUGGAUCAACAGUAAAUGAUUUGCUGAUAAAAACCUUAAUUGAAGUAACGAAAAGGAUUGUGUUGGUCCUGUUUCAUUAUUGAAACUUGAUGGAACUCCAAUAUCCAAGUUUCUGCCAAGUACCAUCACUGUGGGAAUAGCUAGACACAGUUCAAAGGGCAACAGAAUAAUAA